UGUGCUGUCACCACAUGGGGUCCUCAUUUUCAAAACAAACAAAAUGGCGGCGCACAUGAGAUGGGGUCUUCUACGGUUGUUACGGGCAAGAAAUACGGCUCAUUUUAGGUUUCCAGUGAAGACCCAAAGCUCGUACCUCUCUUUGAGCUCGACCCAGAUCUUCGGAAAAGUUCAGCCUCAGCUCUGGACAGGAAGCACACACUUCUCAACAAGACACCUGUCCAUCCAGACUCAAGACACUCCAAACCCCAGAAGUUUGAAGUUUCUCCCUGGAAAACCUGUCCUAGGAAGUGGGACGCUUGACUUUCCGACUCCGAGCACAGCUGAAUGUUCAUCAUUAGCCAGGGAACUGUUUGAAAUUGAAGGCGUAAAAAGUGUGUUCUUUGGCCCGGACUUCAUCACAGUUACUAAAACAGAUGAGGAUGUGGCAUGGACAGAGAUUAAGCGUCAUGCUUCGGAGGCCAUUGCUAACUUCUUUGAGAGUGGUGAUCCAAUAACAGUAGGAGCAGUGCACCAUGAAAGCAGUAUUUCUGAAGAUGAUGAUGAAAUCGUAUCCAUGAUAAAGGAGCUUCUUGACACCAGAAUAAGACCUACAGUGCAGGAGGAUGGAGGCGAUGUCAUCUUUAAGGGGUUUGAGGACGGCACGGUCAAGCUGAAGCUGGUUGGUUCUUGCACAGGGUGUCCCAGUUCUACCGUUACCCUGAAGAACGGCAUUCAGAACAUGAUGCAGUUUUAUAUCCCGGAAGUAGAAAAUGUGGAGCAGGUGGAAGAUGAAGUUGAUGAAAUCAAUGCAAAGGUUUUCUCAGAGCUGGAACGCAAAUUACAAGAAUAAAAACGUCUUGGACCGACUCCCUUAUGCAUUUCGUUGUAGGAAGAGUAUAUUCCACUGUGUAAAUACACAGCAUAAUUCCCAGUAGGGCCAUUCUAUAAUAUGAAUGGAAAGAGAAAAUUAUCCCCCUGCUAUUUUGUGUGUAUGCUAUAUACUACUAGAGUUCAUGUUCAUAUGUGUACAUACUGUAUGCCCCUGUUAUCAAGAUAGCAAUUACAGGAAAAUACCUGUAUACAGAAAAUACUUUGAGCAGGUCAAAAUGUUCUACUGUGAUUGCUGUAAAUGUUGUGAUGUAUUUAUUUCUUAUAAAUAUUUUAUAUUUUGAAAGAAUACUUUUCAUAGAAUGGACAUAUUGUGAAAGGUGAAACGGUUAUGCUCAUGCAGAAUGAAGGUUGGAUUAAGUAUUUCCAUUGUUGCUGCAAUAUAACAACAGAAAAAUAACUGAACUAUAAGUUAGUGUGCUGUGUAACUCCCUUUAAGACCUUUAUGCUAUGUAUGUGCUUUGGACUUCAUUAUAACAAUGUAUCACUGUAUCAAACAAAGUUCACAUAUUGAAAGCAAA